AUGCAGUUAGUUUUUAUCAGAGUUAAAACGUGUGUUUUGAUUUUGAAGAUAUAUUAGAUUUACUUUUUCAGCUGCACCAUUCAAAAUUAACCAACUUGUCUAUGCGAACACAUAAUCAGCAGACGAACCAAAAUUACACUUUUAGUAAAAUUGGUUACUGUUAAAAUAAUUGCAACUGUUAACUGUAUAUUCUGUGCCCUUUGAUUGGAUCAAAAGAGAAAAGAGGGAGAGAACAAAAACAGUUGAAAAGAGUGACCCGACUGACCAUAAAAGGAAAGAGAGAGAUGCAGUGGGCGUGGCUGCUUCUCGCCCUACUGGCCCUGCUUCCUCAGUCGGGAAGAGGAGCCGACCCUGUAAACCCUAUAACUCCCCCCACCACAGUGUCCAUUCCGGAGGACGAGACCCAGCCGGGGGUCUACUCUGUACUGUACACUGUGGCUGCCUACAACCCCAACGGACUGGACGACCCUCUCGACUGCUCCAUCACGUGUGUUCCUUCGUGUACUGCUGUGUUUGAUGUGGUGAUGGGGGACAAUGGCUGCUCCAUAGUCAGUGUGGCCCAGGUGGACUAUGACCCCACGGGGACCACGAGGACAUACGGUGCCACAGUCACACUCACAGACCCAACUACUACUGAGUCGACAACACUGACUGCCUUCGACAUCUCCUUCACGGACGUGGACGACGAGAGGCCAUACUUCACCAAAGAUGAGGUCACACAGACCAUCGAUGACGGGACCACAGCUGGGGCCACAGUGUACUCUGUACUGGUAGCUGAUGUGGAGGAUCCAGACGCAGUCACCGGUUCCCUACUCUACUGGCUCGAAGGUGCUGAUGCGAAGUACUUCAAACUGAGUGCAGACCAGGUGUUAGUGGGCUCAGCUGGUCCCAAUAUCCUCACUGCUGUCACCAUGGACUACGACGAGCCGAGUAUGCGUGAGCUGGAAGUUUAUCUGAGGGUGAGUGAUCGGAUGAAUGACGCCAACUCACUGGACAGUGCAGCCGGGGAGUACAGUGAGAUGCGGGUGGCAGUGUCCGUGGCCAACCUCAACGACCAGCCAGUCGUCUGCUUCUCCUCCCUCGUCAGAUUUGUGGUGCAGGAUGGUGCCUCCGGCAGUCUGACCAGGAUUGAGUGCAUGGACCCAGACAAACAAGACUUCCAGCCUGGCUGCAGUCUAGUCUCAGCAAACGCAGCAUUCUCACUCGCCAGCGCCACAGGGUACCGAGUGACAGACUUUGUGGGAGCGUGUGAGAUAGAGUACACUUCGAUAGAGCGGGAUGCCACUGACUGUGGGGGGAGUACCUUCUGCUUCUCCCUCGAGGUCACCGACUGGGCAGACACCCCCGGCACUGUGAACACUGCCACUGUACAAGUUGUGGUGGAGGUUGAACCGUAUGACGACGGAGGCACGAUGAGUCUGUCAGCUGGAAGUACCUCGUUCGCAGAGUCAGAUACAGUGGGAACGUGCAAGGACACCAAGACACUCAUGACCUUCUCCGACACAGAGACAGACUUCGACCACUUCUGGUCCUUCUCUCCCUCGGACGACCCCUUCAUCAUGAACCCACUCACGGGGGAACUAUGUCUCACAGAGCAGAUAGACUACGAACUACAUUCUCAAUUCGUGCUCACAGUCCAAGUCGUCCGAGACACUCCCACCAAUGUCUACCCCAAUAUCCCGACAGGCCAGAGUGAGACAUUGACAAUCACAAUCACAGACACUAAUGACGAGCGUCCUGUGGUCCAUGGACUGACAGACUACUUGCAGAUCAGUGCAGGUGCUGUAGCUGGGAACCUGAUGACAUUCACAGUGUCAGACCGGGACACUACGGGAACCAUUGUGACAACCAUGACUGCCCAGACCCCAGAUGACGCCCUCUUCUCCAUGGCCGCCUGUUCUACCUCAUGCACCCUGGCACUGGCAGCCAGUCCUGACCCGGACACUAUGAAUGCUGACUCGUACAAAGUGACCAUUCAGGUGACAGAUGGUGCUAACACUGUGACGACAUACGUGUGGGUGGACAUCAUCACUGCCAAUGACAUCACACCUGUCCUGGCAGCCACUCCAGCAUCACCCUCAAUAGACGAGAGUACUGCCACGGACACUUUGAUCAGCACCGUCUCAGCCACAGACGCGGACUUUCCCUCGGGGGAGACAGGGGCGGACUCCGUCUUCUACUACAUACACAGUGUGCAGAGUGGGUUCGGAGCAGAUGAGUCGUAUGUGUCGAUUGGACGGAAAAGUGGGGAGAUCAGACUGAGGAGACAGUUCGACAUAGACCAGGCAGCAGACACCACCUACAUCAUAACUGUGUCUGGAAUAGACGAGAGGGGGUUGGGCAAAGAGGGCACAGUGUCUGUGAUUGUGACAAUUGGCCAGACCAACGACAACCCCCCUCACUGUGCAGGCAUCAUGAAGGACACGACAUUUGUCAUGGAUGAGGACACGAACACAGCAGCUGUUGACUUGCUGGACUUCUCCGUGUGUGAUGACUUGGACGGUACCACAAUCGGGGCUGCUCUGACUUCGGGCGCCGACUUCACUCUGACAGGCGCAAGUGUGCUGCAGUUGAACGCUAACUCAUUGGACUAUGACAGUGGGACUUCAGUGCAUACUGCAGUAGUGACAGUGUCUGAGUCAGGAGGCACUGGCGUAGAGGCGGCCAAAGCAGCACACGACCAGGUGUUCACAAUUAAAGUAAUCGCACGCCCUGUGAACGACGGAGCCCCCGCGUGGACUACGAGUGUGUACACUUCGACAGUGAGCGACGCAGCCACCAUUGGGACCACUCUCACUCUGGACACUGCACUGGCAUUCACAGAGCCAGACGAGGUGGACCCCACAGUCUACAAUCCACACGGACUCCUCGCCAUCCAGAGAACUGCCUGCUGUGUCGCCGAUUGCCCGUUUUCCGUGGCUACAGACGAUGGAACAAUCACAGUGGUGCGCAGUCUGGCCUUAGUGCCAGCUUCGUGUGCAGUGAAGAUGCGACUGGUGGACAGAGCCGGACUGUCCUCCACCGAGGCCACAGUGACGGUGACCAUCACCCCCACCAACAGUGCCCCCCAAUGCAGUCCCCCCUACUUCUCAAUCAACAUACCAGCAGACACUGCUGAUGGGACGACGCUGGUGGGAUCGGAUGCGUUCUCCUGUUCCGACAAGGACGGGGACACAGUCACUUAUGCACUCAGUGCAGCCAGCACCCACUUUGAAGUGGCCGCCGCCACUGGAGAACUCACCAUCAAAGCAGGAGCAGAUUUGGUGGGUGCUUACUCCACCACCCGACUGUACUCGUUGGGCAUUGUGGCCACAGACGACGCCACCCCCACCACAGCCUCCACCACUUUCACCGUCUCCGUCAUAGUACAGAGUGCGAAUGCGAAUGCACCUGCGUGCACUGCUCUAACUGACGCUGACGUGAGUGAGAGUGACGCCGUGAACAGUGUAGUGGCCACUGUCUCCUGCACUGACGCGGAUGACGCCAACACCCCCGAGGGAAUGGUCAGGUACUCCAUGACUGGGGGAGACGGAUACUUCGCCAUAGGCUCACUCUCAGGCGCGAUCAGACUAGUGAAACCAGUAGACUUUGAAUCCAUAGACGCUUCCCAGACUAGCCAGACUUUGUACAUCAGAGCGAGCGACAAGGCGACUCCAGCCAAGACAGACGACAUCACAGUCACCUACACCUUCACAAACGACAACGACAACCCCCCACAGUGCAGUGUGUCCUAUGCGACCAAGUAUCCGGGGGGCAAAGUGGAGGACGGGACUGCGGCCAACAGUGUGGUGGGGGUGUUGAGUUGUUAUGACAGGGAUGCAACUACUGCCACACCCACCACCAUCACAUUCACACUCGACGCGGGAGUGAGCCUUCUGCAGCUGUCUGCCCUCUCCUGUUCCGCUUCUUCGCCCGAUGUGCCCUGCAGUGUGAAUGUAGAGACGGCGGCCGUGUGGGACUUUGACGCCACCCCCACCCCUGUGAGAUACGAGGAGCUGCUGCUGACUGCCUCCGACUCAGUCAACUCGGAGGAGUUCCACGCUCUCUUCACAUGCACUCCCCUCAACGAAGCCGUGCCCGCAUUCACCAAUGCUGGGGGUCCCUUUUCGAUCAACGAGGGACUGGCCAUCAACAGUCUGGUGGGGACACUCACUGCCACAGACACUGACUCGGCCCAGAACCACCACGGACAAGUGGUGUUUGAACUGGUGGAGCCGAGUGAGUGGUUUGCAGUUGGUGCUCAGAAUGGACAGAUCAGGAGCAGAGUGGUGCUAGACUACGAGGAUGCCGCCAUAGCUUCUGCCGGAUACGAGGUUGAGCUGGUGGUGCGGGUGCGUGAUCUGGCACCCUCUCCCCCCUCCGGAAUGAGCUACUCCACCGCCACUGUCACAGUUGCCAUCAACGAUGUGGAUGACGAAGCUCCCUUCUUCACAAACGCGCCCAUGACCAUACACGUGGAUGAGGGCACCACAGGCACAGGUGUGGCCACAGUGCAGGCGGAGGACGAGGACACAGCCGGGGCCAGUCUGGUGUUCUCGGAACGGUCCGAAGUGCUGUCCCCCUCUCAGACGGCCUCCGCCUCCAUCACUAUACAGUCCGACGGGAGAGUGGACGUGACUGCUGCUGUGGAUGCAGAGACCAUAGGGUCACAGUCCAUACUUGUGGGGGUGAGUUCUUUAUUCGCGGCUGAUGGGACGACGCUGGUGGGAUCGGAUGCGUUCUCCUGUUCCGACAAGGACGGGGACACAGUCACUUAUGCACUCAGUGCAGCCAGCACCCACUUUGAAGUGGCCGCCGCCACCGGAGAACUCACCAUCAAAGCAGGAGCAGAUUUGGUGGGUGCUUACUCCACCACCCGACUGUACUCGUUGGGCAUUGUGGCCACAGACGACGCCACCCCCACCACAGCCUCCACCACUUUCACCGUCUCCGUCAUAGUACAGAGUGCGAAUGCGAAUGCACCUGCGUGCACUGCUCUAACUGACGCUGACGUGAGUGAGAGUGACGCCGUGAACAGUGUAGUGGCCACUGUCUCCUGCACUGACGCGGAUGACGCCAACACCCCCGAGGGAAUGGUCAGGUACUCCAUGACUGGGGGAGACGGAUACUUCGCCAUAGGCUCACUCUCAGGCGCGAUCAGACUAGUGAAGCCAGUAGACUUUGAAUCCAUAGACGCUUCCCAGACUAGCCAGACUUUGUACAUCAGAGCGAGCGACAAGGCGACUCCAGCCAAGACAGCCGACAUCACAGUCACCUACACCUUCACAAACGACAACGACAACCCCCCACAGUGCAGUGUGUCCUAUGCGACCAAGUAUCCGGGGGGCAAAGUGGAGGACGGGACUGCGGCCAGCAGUGUGGUGGGGGUGUUGAGUUGUUAUGACAGGGAUGCAACUACUGCCACACCCACCACCAUCACAUUCACACUCGACGCGGGAGUGAGCCUUCUGCAGCUGUCUGCCCUAUCCUGUUCCGCUUCUUCGCCCGAUGUGCCCUGCAGUGUGAAUGUAGAGACGGCGGCCGUGUGGGACUUUGACGCCACACCCACCCCUGUGAGAUACGAGGAGCUGCUGCUGACUGCCUCCGACUCAGUCAACUCGGAGGAGUUCCACGCUCUCUUCACAUGCACUCCCCUCAACGAAGCCGUGCCCGCAUUCACCAAUGCUGGGGGUCCCUUUUCGAUCAACGAGGGACUGGCCAUCAACACUCUGGUGGGGACACUCACUGCCGCAGACACUGACUCGGCCCAGAACCACCACGGACAAGUGGUGUUUGAACUGGUGGAGCCGAGUGAGUGGUUUGCAGUUGGUGCUCAGAAUGGACAGAUCAGGAGCAGAGUGGUGCUAGACUACGAGGAUGCCGCCAUAGCUUCUGCCGGAUACGAGGUUGAGCUGGUGGUGCGGGUGCGUGAUCUGGCACCCUCUCCCCCCUCCGGAAUGAGCUACUCCACCGCCACUGUCACAGUCGCCAUCAACGAUGUGGAUGACGAAGCUCCCUUCUUCACAAACGCGCCCAUGACCAUACACGUGGAUGAGGGCACCACAGGCACAGGUGUGGCCACAGUGCAGGCGGAGGACGAGGACACAGCCGGGGCCAGUCUGGUGUUCUCGGAACGGUCCGAAGUGCUGUCCCCCUCUCAGACGGCCUCCGCCUCCAUCACUAUACAGUCCGACGGGAGAGUGGACGUGACUGCUGCUGUGGAUGCAGAGACCAUAGGGUCACAGUCCAUACUUGUGGGGGUGCGUGUGUGUGACAGCGGGGCUUGUGUGAGGUAUGCGGACUCGUAUGUGUUCGUGAAAGUGGUCCGAGUGAACGAGUACGACCCCAUCUUCAACCAAGUGUCGUAUGCAUUCACAAUGCAGGAAACAUCACAGGUGGGUCAUUUGGUGGGGAGGACGAGAGUGUUGACCGCUACGACAGUGGGCAGUGUGGAUGCAGGAGUGGACAAGAAUGUGACCUAUGCCAUCACCACCUCCCAACAGUACUUCUCCAUCAACCCACACACCGGCACCAUCACCCUCAAGGCACCCAUCGACAGGGAGAUAGUGAGCUCAGUGUCGUUCGUCGUGAGAGCGACAGACGUGAGUGACACUUCGAGGACAACAGAUGUGAAUGUGGCCAUCACAGUGACAGACACAAACGACAACAGUCCAGUGUGCAACUUGGGACCAGUGCUGGACACACAAUAUGUGAACGAAGAGCAGACUAACUACCGACUGAGGGACAAGUACGACACGCUGCUGUCAAUCACGUGUACAGAUGCAGAUGCCGGUCAACUGGGCACAGCUGGCAUCGACUUCUCAAUGGUGGUGACGUCAUCGGCACUGCUGCCAGACAGGACUGCUCCGGCUGCUCCAUUCGCCAUAUCGACCGGAUCUAACACUGCAACAAUCACAACAUCCUCAACUACAGCUUUGAACUGGGAGGACGACGACACUGAUUACAUCAUCCAGGUGUUGGUCAAGGACAACAAUGGAAACGUACCCUGCAGGACCACCUAUCUUUACGUUCCGGUGGUGCUUCGAGAUGUCGACGAACUCCGACCAAUUUUCACUAAUCCGGGCGUUGCUACCGCUUACAAGAAGACGGUCACUUUCGCGGAUACCGGAAGCGUCGGGGACACCGUGACAACAGUGGUUGCUGACCAAAAUCCCUCCGAUAAAUACGACAGCGAAGUAUAUAGUAUUGUGAGUAUCACAGCGACAACGGGAGGUCCCGCCACAGGAAACGAGUUCGUGAUCGUGACCGACAUUGACGACUCUGGCGCUACUCUCGAUUACCCGACAGUUGGGACACUGUACCUGAACGAAGCCCUUGAUUUUACCCAGAAAGCACGAGUAUACGAAGUGUUGAUAAAAGCUACAGAUACUUUCACAGACAGUACGAGAACUAUGCAGACAGCGACAGUGACAGUUUCGGUUACAGAUGCAAACAACAAUCUUCCAUUUUUCGAUCCAGCUCAUUAUCACAAGAGUUUCCCGGAGAACACGGCUGUCAACACGCCAGUGGUCACAGUCUCAGCAACCGACUACGACGCAACAGAUACGCUCACUUAUUCCAUAACGGAUGACCCCUGCAACUACUUUGCCAAUACGAACAAUGCCAUCUACUUCGACACAGCGCCAGACUUCGAAGCCAACACUUUCUGCACAAUUGAGGUGGAGGUUACGGAUGGGACGAAUAAAGCAUACACUGAGAUCACAGUGAGGAUCAGCCCCGUGAACGAGUUCGACCCCGAGGACACUGGCACUGUGACUACUUUGACGGUGGACGAGGACACUCUAGUGGGCACAGUAGUGGGCAGUGUUGUGGGGGGCGAGUCAGGCACAGGGGACAAAGCGGGCACCCCCCACGCGGACAUUGUUUACAGAGUUACGAGCCAGACUCCGGGGGGAUAUUUCUCAGUUGGGUACUACUCAGGGGACAUCAUGCUGAGGGCCAAUGUCAGUUCAGAGAACGUGACCUCUGUGACCCUUGAGGUGGAAGGUUGUGACCUUGACUACAGCUUCAACCCCGACAACUGCUUCGCCACUGCCACCUCUAUUGCCAUCACCAUCGCAGACGUGAACGAGUUCGCCCCCAGGUGCAUCCCCUCCCACAUUGUGAAGCGGUGGUCCGAGAACUCAGCAGUCACGCCCUCCGGCAGAGAUGUGGCUGACCUGGACGACUACUGUGUCGACCCAGAUUCCACCAAUGCCGCCCUGUCUUACACUUUUGUGACGUCACCCUCGGGCCAGUUCAUUCUCACUGGGAGUGUGAUAGAGACUGACUCGGUGCUGGACUUCGAGACCACUCAGGACUACUUCAUGACAGUCGAGGUGUCGGACGGGACUCUGGUGUCGACAGUGACAGUGAGUGUGGAGGUGCUGGACUACAAUGACAAUACUCCCACAGCAGACAGUCCAGUCCUCACGCCUGCCACUCCCUCUCUGGACGAGACAGUCCCCAUUGGCACACUCGUCACAACUGUCUCCUUCACAGACGACGACGACACCAACUACGGAAACGGUAGAGUGAUGUACUCGUUGACCUCGGGGGACACAGAGUACUUCUCCCUUGACCCCCAGAGUGGCAGAGUGUACACUGCUGCACUGCUCAGCUACUACGACAACAACAACCCCACUGUACAGGUGACUGCGUGCGACUCUCCCUCUGUGGACGCCCAGCUGUGUGCCGCCCCCCAGACAGUGUCUCUAACAGUGGGAGAUGUGAACAACUUCCCCCCUGUCUGCACUCUGCCCACCUUCCAUUUCACGCAGGACGACCAGUACGCCGCAGACACCACCAUUGGAACACUAUCUGGCUGUUCGGACCAGGACUCGGCCACGAAUGGGAACAAUGUGCUGCAGUACUCGGUGGUCUCAGUCUCCCCCUCCCUCCCUUCUGGUUCCUCCUUCUACAUGGACUCCAGUGGGCCAGACCUCAAGUACGACAGUGUGCUGGAUCUGGAAGUACUGCAGAACAACACUUUCGAGAUACACAUACAGGUGACAGACUCCGCCUCGGGCGCGGAAGGUCAGCUGACUUCAUCAACUGACAUCAAAGUGCUGCUGGCCAUCACAGAUGUGAAUGAGGAGCAGAUCUACUUCAGUCCAGAUGUGGCCACUGACUCCAUCACAGUCCAGGAAGAUGUCUGCUGUUCCUUUGAAGGCAACAGGACCUUCAUCCACACCUUCACAGCCAGCGAUGCGGACUUCACUCAUCUGGGUGACCACUCCCAGUUCACAUGGCUGUUGACUUCUGGCAAUGGUCUCAAAAAGUUCGUCUUGGAGCAGGGGGAGAACUGGAAUGAAGCCAGACUGCUACAGGUGAAUGACAUCGACAGGGAAGAACUGUGUGGCAACUUCCUCUGCACUGGGGGAGAGUUCGAACUGGAAAUAGAAGUGUCAGACGAGACAGACGCCUCUGCCACCACCUACACAGCCACACAGACUCUCACAGUCUCCAUCUCGGACAUCAACGACAACAAACCCAUCUGUCGGCCCAGUGAGCUGUCGGUCGACUGGGCAGAGGGAGCUACAGGGGUGACUGGCUUCAUGCUACCCUGUGGGGAUAAAGAUGAGGGGGAUACCCUGACUGCUUCUAUUCUGUCGGCCAAUGAGAAUGAAGCACUCACUAUGUUCUCAUUCACAACAGGUCCCUCGCUGUCUGGUCUUCCCCCCUACUCGCUGCAGCUGAGAGUGGACUCCCCCCUGGACUACGAGAGAUACUCCUCCCACCACUACAGUCUCCUUGUGGAAGUCACAGACGGGCGGGACAGUCACGUGCAGACAGUGUCUCUCACAGUGAACAUUGUGAAUGUGGACGAGGGACAGGGCUCCUUCCUCACAUGCAAAAACAUCGACAUCAGUGAGGCAAUGUCUGUGGGAUCCACUGUAUUCAACGUGCCUGGAAAUGGCUGGUUUGAGACGACAGACAACUCCUUGUCCACCUCAGAUCCAGACAAUCCCUACUCCCCAAUCACCUGGACACUCACCGGCAACGCAGGGGGUUUCCUGAACAUCGAGCCUACCACCGGAAUCAUCAAACUGGCCAAAAAGGUGGACCGGGAGACACUGACUUCCCCAGUGGCCAUCAACAUCAUAGCGGACGACGGGAGCAGUGCAGUGACGUGCACAACCACCUACACAGUGACAGAUGAGAACGACAACCUGCCGCUGUUCUCGCCAGUGGUGAACUACGUGGCCAGUGUGGUGGAGAGUGUGGCCAGAGGGAGUGCAGUGGCACUACUGCAGAUAGACGACAAGGACGACCCCGCUAUGGGCAACAGUCAAGUGGCAGACGGACAACUAGUGCUGCAGACCAUCACAGGCAGCGUGGAUGCGUUCCAAGUGACCCCCUGUGCUGCUCUCUCCUGCUGUGGGGUGACAGUGGCCAGUGUGGUGAAUGCAUUCUGUGUGAGUAGCAACCAGCUGUUCGACUACCACUCCAGAGACAUCUACAAGUACAUUCUGGCUGCCACUGACAACGCCAAUGGAGACAGCAGACUGACGGCUUACGGCACUCUGACUGUGAACAUCCUGGCCGAGAACCAGUACACGCCCACCUUCUCCCCGGACAAACCCAAGACAUUCUCCGUCAACGAGAGGAGUCCAGUCGGAUCAGCUGUCGGCCAGAUGUUCGUCUCGGAUGCAGAUUCCUCCCGCACUCCCUUCGGAGUGGGCCAGUUCAGUCUGAACUACUCGCUGGACUCGGACCCCACAGCGGCCGAGAAGCACUUCGCCAUAGACACUCACUCUGGCGUGAUCAAACUGAGAUACCCUCUAGACUACGAGACACACACCCAGUUCAUACUAAUCGCCGAGGUACAUGACGACGACAACUCCUCGUCGCCCGACUCCCUCUCUUCCUCGGCCACAGUGACGAUCAAUGUGCUGGACAGCAACGACAACCGACCCCAGUUCACCCCCAGCAGAGUGUACAGUGUGCCGGUGGAGGAGGACGAGCCAGUGGGCUCUCUCAUCACUUCUGUUUCUGCCACAGAUCUGGACUCUGGCUACUUUGGUCUUGUCUACUACCAACUGCGCUCUGCCAACUCCCCCUUCUGCCACUCCAAAGUGAGAGUGGGGGAGAGGAAUGGGGAGGUGAGGGUGAAGAGUGGUCUGGACUAUGAGGAGACGGAGGCGUUCUCCUGUGUGAUAGAGGCACUGGACCAUGACUUGAACAUGCAGCCCCAACACACUUCCACUGCUGUGUUGCAUGUACUGCUGGUGGAUGUGAAUGACAACACUCCUGCACUCAAGAGUGCUCCCCUCACUUUCACAGUACUGGAGAAGGUGCCAGUGGGCACUAAGGUGGGCGUGGUGGCAGUGGAGGAUGGGGACUCCCUGAACACAAAUGGGGGAGGAUUCACUUUCACCCAACUCUCAGACUAUGGGGACAUUUUCAACAUAGACAGCAGCACUGGCGUGAUCACUAUGGCACAGGUGCUGGAUAGAGACGCCACAGGAGUGAAUGGGUAUGAGUUGGUGGUGGAGAUAGCAGACAGAGGGAGUCUGCAUGGACCCAAGACAGGCACAGUGUCCCUCUCAGUAUGCGUGAAUGACGCCAAUGAGGACCCAGUGUUCGAGAAGGCCUCUUACACAGUCAACAUGACAGAGUGUGUGGCCAACCAGACUUACAUCCUCAAGCCAAACUUCUCCGACCCAGACAGGGCAGCUAACCAGAGACUGACAUUCACGAUCAGUGCGAAUGGGUUGCCCUACUUCCGAGUGGACCCCCACUUGGGCUGGGUGUUCUACUUUGGACAGGAGGUGGACAGGGAGAGCCCCCUGUUAGAGAUAGAGUUCGACAUUGAGGCCACUGACUCCGCCCUCAACCCACUCACUGCUGUGGCACAGGUUGUGGUGACAAUUGUGGAUUGUAACGACAACACCCCCAUCUUCCAGCCACUCUCCCCCACCUCCUACUCAUUCAGUGUAGAUGAGAACUCCCUGCAGAACACUGUCGUGGGCACAAUUGCUGCCACUGACGCAGACGAAACAGGAAACCCCAACUCAGAGAUAGUUUACGACAUCAUCUCGGGCGACACUUCCAUCUGGGCAGUGGACGGGGGCAGUGGGAUUGUGACUCUGCUCAUAUACCCCAUAGACAGAGAGACACAGGAGACAUACUACCUCACCUUCAGAGCAUCUGACCAGGGUAACCCGUCUCUGACAGCCACCCGGCAGGCCACCAUCACCCUGCUGGACUUGAACGACAACAUCCCCCUGUUCGAACACGAACAGUACACUGGCAGUGCGAUAGAGGGAGAGAACCCGCCUGUCACCAUCUCCCUCUCCCCCGCAGCCAUACUUGCCACAGACCCGGACAAGGGAGUGAACUCUGCCUUGACGUAUUCGAUUAAUACCACGUAUGCAGAUGGGGCUAAAGCAGUGGCUCACUUCACCCUGGAUUCCUCCAACGGGAUUCUGAACACCCUGGUGACCCCCAACUGGACUGCCACUCCUGAAUUCUAUUUCGAGAUAAUCGCCACUGACGGGGGGACACCACCCAACACAGGCACUGCGACAGUGAACAUCACAGUGAUAGACAGGAACGACCACCGUCCCUUCUUCACUUCCCCAGACACAGGGGGGCAUGUGUACCAUGCUUUCGUGCCCUCCUUCUGGACCAACUCGGACGGCACUCUGGACACAGUCACUGCAGUGGACAUUGACGACGGGAUCAACGCUCAGAUCUCAUACCACAUCACAGGCGGCAACGUCAACUUCUGGUACGAGGUGGAUUCCGUGUCCGGCAACAUCCGCGUGCGACCGGGACAGUCCAUCGCCUCCUCCCCCGUGCGGACGGAGCUGAUAGUGACAGCGAGGGAUGCCGGCCUCAUUCCGGGUCCCCUGGAGAGUCUUCCCCCAGCCAGUGUGUUCAUCCGGGUGUAUGAUGCCAGUGAUCACGUGGCUGUGGUGUCCUUGCAGACCAGAUUCAACCUGUUCAACAGCCAGAGGGAACAGUUCGAAGAGGAGAUCACAGAGGUGUGUCGCCUGACCUACCCAGAGUGUUCCAUCUUCGUGCAGUGGUGGGAAAGGGGGGACACCACCUCAGACUCACGCCAGAGGAGAUCCACCGAGACAAUCGACGUGUUCAUCACUGGAGUGCGGAACCAGAAUGGACUGGCCAACGGGACUGAGGGCAGUGAGGUGAACAUGUUGAGUCAGGAGGAGAUCCUGGCCAUCUUCCAGAGGAGUUCCAGUGGAGACCCCGUGGACGCUCUCCUGUCCUCUGGGUUCAAUGACUUCGAUGUCCUCUCUGUUCAGCCAUAUGAAGACCAACGGGACGAUAUCUUCGAUGACCCGACUGGAGUGGCCGUCAUCUCCGUCUCUGUGGUGUUCGCCAUAGUGGUCAUAGUGGCAAUCGCACUCCUUGUAUGGUUCAUGUUCUUCAGACACAGGAGGGCCAUGCCCAGGAGUGCAGGAGGGGCGACCAAGACGAGAACCAUCGCCGGAGGAAAGAGCGGACCAGGGAAGACACCCCAAGCAUCUUCCAGAAGGACCACAGCAGGUCCUCUGUCUGAGUCGAAGGCGCGCAACUACCGCUCCAAUACUACAGCCCAGUUGCCAGCAGACGUCAAAGUGUCUGACCAGAAACAGUUCCAGGUGGGCAGAGAACAAAUGGCUGCCAAGGCUAAAGCGCCGGUGGUUGCGCCGAUAGCGCUUCCGGCAGGGCGACAGGCGGGACAACCAGCAGCCGCGGUGCAAAGACAACCGGAUGUGGAUCUGACACAAAAGCAGGUGUUGCAGGUGAAGCCGAAACCAGAGAAGCCAGUUGACGCAGAAGCACUCCAGAGGUUCGACGGAAUGGCCCAGGACCCAAACACUGGUCGCUACUAUGCCUUCGUGAGGUCCACGAAUGAGAGGAAGUGGCUGACUUCCAAGGAGACAGAAGUGCUCAAGGCCAAGUUCAACAAUAAGUGAAUGGAGAGAGCAAACGGAUCCAUCAGACAUAUAUGCAAAGAGGAAACUGAAAUCUAAAACAAACGUACAAACAACUCAUUCGAUAGAUGAGUAUACGAAAAAUUUGACUUAAAAACUGUUUGAAAAAACUAAUCGAAAACAAAGUCACUAACAGACUAGAAUUGGGUAAGUGAAACCUAUUGACGAGAAAACGUACACACGUGACAUUGAAAACUGAUUGAUUUCCUUUGCAUUGUAAAUUUGUAAAUAGAGGCAAAAAUAAAAAGCUGCUUUAACUCUUUUAAGAUUUGAGCCUGGGAUAAUUUUGUAUUCUCCAGAAA